AUGACUCGAUCAGGAUAUUUUACUUAUAAUUCUGCUUUAAUUGGGAAUACCUUUAAAAAAGCUGUUGAUCGAUUUGACGACUUUUACAAAAGAAAAGCCUUUAUAUGUAUGCCAACUACAAUCAAUAGAAAUUGUGUCGUAAAUAAGCAACGGCUGAUCUUUAGCAAUACUAAUACUCAUUAUUAAUAGGCAUAGAUAUUUAGCUGAAGGAAUGGAUGAGCUCGAGUUUGAAGAGGCUAGAGAGGAUGCUGUGCAAUUAAUUUCUGAAUAUCAGCAGCUAAUAAAUAAUUCGAAUUCAAAUGAAUACUUUUAUGCCUUUAUUAAACGUGUUAUCCAGCCCUCAAAAUGAAAUAAAGGUCAUAUUGGGGAAUAG